GUCGGUAGCUUCUACAGAGGGGACAGUAGAGGCAGGACAGCGAUGGGACAUCGAUAUUUAUCCCAAACAAAUGCAGCUAUAGCCUGAACCCAAACGUCGAUCAUGGACAUGUGAGAAUUACACUUUCUGCGCCUCUUUACGCACCACUUGGACGUAGGUUUUGCGCGUAAAGACAAACCGGUGGAACUUGGCGUAAACUGUUUUUUCCAGCGGGAGGAAGUUUGCUGUGACGAAGGAAACAUAAUAGGAAAGUAGGGAGGGCCAGAACAGCCCGGCGGCAGCAGGAGCAGACAUGGAGGAGUCCGGGUCGGCCCUGGAGAAGAAUGUGGCGGACCUGACGGUGAUGGACGUCUAUGACAUCGCGGCCGUGGUGGGCCAGGAGUUCGAGCGGAUCAUAGACCAGUACGGCUGCGAGGCUCUGUCCAGACUGAUGCCCAAAGUGGUGCGGGUCCUGGAGAUCCUGGAGGUGAUGGUGAGCCGCAGCAGCAUCAGCCCCGAGACCGAGGAGCUGCGGCUGGAGCUGGACAAGCUGCGGCUGGAGAGGAUAGACCGGCUGGAGAAGGAGAAGAAGCACAGAAAGGAGUUGGAGCUGGUGGAGGACGUUUGGCGAGGAGAAGCCCAGGACCUGCUCUCCCAGAUCGCUCAGCUGCAGGAAGAGAACAAAACCCUCCUCACUAACCUUUCCAUCAAAGACCCCAUAAGUGAGGAGGACCUGCAGAGGCAUGAAGGUAUGUCAGAGAGGGAAAGACAAGUGAUGAAGAAGCUCAAAGAAGUGGUGGACAAACAGAGAGAUGAGAUUCGAGCCAAGGACCGUGAGCUUACGCUGAAAAACGAGGACAUAGAAGCACUCCAACAACAGCAGUCUCGCCUCAUGAAAAUCAACCAUGACCUGCGCCAUAAAAUCUCAGUGGUGGAAGCCCAGGGAAAGGCACUUAUCGAGCAGAAGGUGGAACUGGAGGCCAGUGCUCAGGCGCGGGGACAGGAAGUCGGCGCUCUUCGGCAGGAAGUAACACGUUUAAGGGAACGACUGCAAGGGGAUGUUCCUGCCCAGGAGCCUGAGGAAUCCCCGCCUCAGCCCCCCUCACCUGCAGAGCCUGGUAAAGCUGCCAUGGUGGCAGUGGCUGAGGGCUGGUCAUGCAGACCUGAUCCCCCUGAGUCGAUGUCAGGAGGGUUUGACCCUGCCCCGUGCCCCCUGCCUGGUUCCCUCAGUACUGAAGGACAUGAUUAUGGGGAUGAGGAAGCUGAGGACGAAGCUGUGUUGCUUUGGGAGGCGAUGUGUGAUGAAGACAUGCCUGCUGUGUUCCAAUAUUUUACCAAGGAGGCGCUGUGUGAGGAGGAGGCAGGAAACAUCGACCCAAAGGACCCCAACCGACCCCGGUUCACCCUGCAGGAGCUGAGGGACGUCCUCCAUGAGAGGAACGAGCUCAAGGCCAAAGUCUUUCUGCUGCAGGAGGAGCUUGCCUACUACAAGAGCGAGGAGACAGAAGAAGAGAGUAUGCCUCCAACUCCCUCUCCCUCGCCUGAACUGAGGAGUCGCUCCCGCUCGUCUGCUCAGCCAGAGUCAGGAAUCAAACGCCUGUUUAGUUUCUUCUCCCGUGAUAAGCAGCGGAGCUCCCAGCAGAAUGCGCACUUUGACGGAGGCCUCAGCUCAUGGCCGGGGAAGGAUGACGUAUACACAGAACAAGCCCAGGAGGCGUUACAGCACAUGUAGUCACUGGACAGAACUGGUCAAGGUUACCCAAACGCCAAAACUCUUUAACACUUCAUGUUCAUCACUUGAGGCAUUCAUGUGGCCACUAUCCUCCCAAACACUAGUGACUCACACUGCAACCGCAUUAUUGUGUGUUUGAGGUGAGAAAACUGACUGAUGGAAGAGUGAGAGAAGCACCACACAUGAGGCUCCAGGUUGAUUCAAAUAAUCCAAAAUGGUUAUUUAGACUGACAAGAACCACAUAGCUCAAUGAGUGACGGCACAUACAGAGAGAAUACGUUGGUGACUGAAGUUUUUACAGAUGUAAAGGGAGGACAGAAGGUAAACUAAAGUUGUAAGAUGGAAAGUGGAAAGUUGGUGAAUUCACUGUGAAUCCAAAAGAAAUACUGAGUGAAAAUUGAAGACAAAGGCAUAUAUAAUAUCACUUUUAGAAAACAUGAAGGGUUUUAUUUUUCGAAGGAUUUACGGUUUGUACAUAAAGAAACCUGCAAAGUAAAAAAAAAAAAAAAAAAAAAAACAGUUAAAAGCAAACCUGCAAAUACAACAUGCAGCCAUUGUAGAUUUAAAUUUUCUAAUUUUGAGGAUUUAUACUUUUGUGCUCAAUUAAAGGUCCAGUGUGUAUGAUUCAGAGGAUUUAGUAGAAUUUAUUUGCAGCAAUGGAAUGUAAUAUUCAUAAUUAUGUUUUCAUUAAUGUAUAAUCACAUGGAAAUGAGAAUUGUUGUGUUUUUAUUACCUUAAAAUAAGCUGUUUAUGUCCUGCCAUGUUUCUGCAGUAGCUCAGAAUAGACUUCCUCCCCACCUUUUUUAUUUUUAGCAUUUUGACCUCCAGAGUUAAAAGUGUGGACCAGAGUUAAUAUUGCCUUAACUAAAAAUUCCACACAGACAAAACUGUCAUUGAAGGUGGGUGGAUAUUCACUCGGUAGUUUCACCUUUAGAUGUCACUAAAUAUCAAACACUGAACCUUUAAUUUAGCCCCUCAUCACCAGUACUGUCAAAAAUAAAACUGAUGCAGCUACAUGAGAAUUUUGAGAAUGUCAGACAAAAUACAGUAACUUAAAAUCAGGAUUUAUCUUUUAUCUUUCAUUAUCUAUUAGUGCCAUAACAAAUACUCCACAUCACAAGCAAACCUACAGUUUUACGACAACAGCGCUGAACCAAAACAGGUUCUAGUUCAUCACCAUCCACUUUGGUAAUGAACAAACAUUUCUCAUCACAAACACAUGCUUGUAAAAGAAGAUGUAUUAUAUCUUCUGUUAGGUAUCUUAUAGCCUUUAAACACUCCAGCUCACAUUUUUAAUGCAAACUAGCUAACUUGAAGAGCUAUUUUCCUCUGUGAGACUUGUGUUUUGGGUAGAACACACUGACAUCAGUUGUUUUUUCCAGUUAUUUAAUCUUGAAAAUGGCAGGUUUAAAUUGAUAAUGCAAGUAUAUUCAACAUCAGACACGUUUGCAAUAAAAAUAAUAGGAAGCAUGCACCCUCCUUGCUAUUUAAAUGUUAUUAUGCCAUAAAAUUAAUAGUUUUUCGGAUGAUAAACUCAAACGAACCAAAGAUCAUUUGGAAAAGGGUGGCAUUAAUCCUCUGCAAAGCUAUGAGUGUUUUAAACCAAGCACAACAACAUAAAACAUUUCCUAAGUGUUAUUUUGCUUUGUUCACCUACAUAUUUCAUGCUCCAAAUAUCUGCUAACUCUGAAAACCCAUCAAUAUGCAUACAAAGAACAGAUCUAAAUACCAGCCUUUGCACAGUCGUGUUGCAACUACUACUUAAAUAUGGUUCAAUUUCAUAACAGAAUUAAAACGUACCAUUAUAUAAAUAAACCAUGCAGUUUCCUCUUAGUGUUAUGAUUAUAGAACAAUGUAACACAUCAGCAGAGCUCCACACUUAUUUUAGAAACAGUUAAAAGUAGAUUUUUAUCAUCAAAGUGCCAGGUGUGGUUUACAUUCUUUUACAAACUGCUUUUUUCACAUAAGCUGCUUCUGUUUUAAAGCUUGUGUUGUGCCUUCACACUUUAGCACCAGCUGAUGGCAGCGAAUAGCUCAGAUGUGACCGGGUGUACUUUAAUAGUAGUGGCACUUUAUCUCUAUUUAUACUGAUCCAGUGAGGUGGAAUAAAUGACAAAACACUGUAAUGAGAAGGACUGAGAGGCUGAAAAUGCCUGUUUGUCAUUGAGCAGCUUGUGUGUCACUCAUUCAUGGAUACAAAGAUACUGGACUGGUUUCAGGAAGGAUCCGAUUCUACGUGAUAUGUGGAAAUUAAAGGGAUCUGGACAAUUUCUAUAAGAAGAAUUCAAGGAGUAUUUACUAUUUAAAGGGAAAUACAGUAAGAUAUUAUGUAAGUCAAUUGUUUACCAUUCCUCAUGUGUUUCCCUCAGUCUUCCAUGAACCCAAUUAAAAUGUUUAUUUAAAAGAUAUAAUAAACCAAUCAGUGUUUUUAAGUGAGCUGGCUUUUAUUGAAACAUGUCUCCUUAAUAAUAAAAACCUCUCAAGUUAA